UUUCGUGGAAGUAAAAUGGUUUCAGGAAAAGAUACUAUGUAAAUACUUAUGCUUGUGGAGUGAUAGGAUUUGAACAAACUACUUGAAAUUGAGAUAUGUUUGACUGCGUAAAUAAUAUGUAUGUAACGUUUUUUGUCUUCGUACACAUAUUGCUGUGACUUAUAAUAUUACUAUUGCUUAGAUACUAUAAAUGUAAGCUAAAUCUACAUUAAAGGUAACUACAAAGGUAGAUAACAGGUACAAAUAUCGUGUUGAAAAAAAAGUAAAUAAAAUGGCAUCCUUUUCACAAUCCACCAUUGAAAAUGGAUAUGAAAUAUUCCAAGACUUUUUAUGUUCAACCUGUGAAGACGUGAAACUUGAAGAAUCGGCCGAUUUCCACUGCGAACUUUGUAUGAGGUUUUACUGUCGAAAAUGUAUCAUCCCACACGACCAGUUGUUUAUUAAACAUUCCCCUUGUGGAAAGGAGGAUAUGAAGAAAUGGCCGGUUUCCAAGAAGGUGGAAGAUUUUCUUCAAAAGUGUGUCGUUCACAAAGAUAUAAACCUGGAAAUGUACUGCCAAGAUCACAGUCGACUAUGCUGCAACAAGUGCGCAUCGAUUGAUCACAGACGAUGCAAAACAGUGACACUUAUAUCAGACUUCGCAAAAAAUAACUCAAUCGACCUUCAGCAACAAUCCGAUUGUAUGAAAAGAGUUCUGGAAGAACUGAAGCAACUUCAAGACAACAAAUUUGCUUCCAUUCGGGCCGGGCAAAACUCAUACGAAGAUCAGGUACAGAAGAUACUUGAAACACGCCGAAAAAUAAUUGAAGCCUUAGACCAUAUCGAAAAGAAGACACUGACUGAAAUGAAAGAUACUUAUACCAAACUGCAGUCCUCUCUUAAAGGUGAUGUCGACAAAUGUGCCACUCUUCGGGAUGAAUUGAAACAACUUCGAGACGCCAUGCAGGAAAUAUGUGAUAAAAGCAAUCUGUCUCUGUCCUUUAUAGCCAGCAGAAAAUUCCAAGACAUAAUACAACAGGCUGAUGCCUAUCUAAAGAAAAACUCUGUACAUGUUCAAGUUUCAAUAGCAUUCGAGCCUAAUAAUGAAAUUGAAAAAUACCUGUCUAAACUGUCAGGUUUUGGUAAGAUUAAAAACAGAACCCAGACAUUGACGAUGCAAGGAUAUUCGGAUCAGUCCCAGGGUGAACAACGUCCCCACGGAAAGCGUGCUUUGCCGCCCAUCCCUGGCGAGAGCAGUCUACGGUUUGACACUGAUGAAUAUCACCGGAUUUGCGAUAAGUACAUUGACACAAAGCCCGUGGAGAAGGCCCUGGUGCGUUACUCCUACGUGGGGGAGCAUGAGGAUGAGUUAUCCCUCACUGAGGGGGAGAUAAUUAACGUGCUGGACAAGGAUCUAGAAUACAGUGGCUUGUGGUGCGGUGAACUCAACGGGGGCGUCAGAACCUUCCCCGACAACUUUGUGGAGCUAAUCAAGGAAGAGGUGGGAUUGUGGAUUUGCUUGCAUGCUUUGAGGUGUCAAUUAUGCACAGUUUGUGCUGAUGGUAGGGAAAGGGAGAAGGGAUUUUUGUAUUUCCAUAUUUCAUAAUUAUGGUUUUUGUGUUUGGUUUUAUGUAAAUAUAGAUUUCUUCAAUUCAUUUAGUUACAUGUUGUGUGUAUUUCACUCGUCCUGAACAAGUUAUGUUUUAGGUAGUAAAAAUUGACUUUUAAAACCAAAACAUUCAGGGUAUUUGUGGAUUUGGUUUAAUCACUGAAUACUAAAUACUGGAGUUAAUCAUAUGCACAUUUAUUAAUGUAUAUUAAAUAGUAUUUUAUUUCCUGUGUCUAAAAGCAUUUAGGUUGUGAUAUUGUGUAUUGGUAGCAUAAUCUUUCAAACUUUCACACAUGUACAUGCAAUAUUUGAAGGAACGCAGAAAAGCCUUGUAUCGGGUAAACUAUGUGUAAU